UUGGAUUCCUUUUCCUCACUUUUCUAAUUAUUCCUCUUCCUCAUUACUUCAUUUUCUGCACCGGACACAUUGACUUUGAGGUUCGUUGCAUCGAUAGCGAGCGACAUGCCCUUCUCAAGUUCAAGCAAGACCUUAUUGAUCCUUCAAACGCUCUCCUCUUGGACUAUUGAUGGGGAUUGCUGUCACUGGGUUGGUGUUGUCUGCCACAACCUCACUGCUCAUGCCCAACAACUCUGUCUCAGAACCUUUCAUCCUUCAGGUGGUUUUGAAUCUGAAGAACAAUAUGAAGCCUAUGAGCGGUCAAUGUUUGGUGGUAAGCUAAAUCCUUCUCUGCUUGAUUUGAAGCAUUUGAAUUACUUUGACCUCAGUUUCAAUAAUUUCUCUGCUUCUCCUAUUCCCGAAUUUCUCGGUUCAAUAAAGAGUUUAACAUCUCUUAAUCUCUCUAAUGCGGGAUUUGUGGGAGUAAUACCUCAUCAACUUGGAAAUCUCUCCAAUUUGCUCUAUCUCAAUCUCAAAAGUUCUAUUUUUCCUAGUUUAUAUGUGAAUAACCUUCAAUGGCUGUUGGGUCUUCCUUUGCUUCAACAUCUUGAUAUGAGUGGUGUAGAUCUUAGCAAAGCCUCUGAUUGGCUACAACUCACAAACACACUCCCUUCCUUGUUUGACUUGCGCUUGUCAUAUUCCCAACUUCCUUUCAUUCCACCAACACUCAUUGUUAACUUUUCAUCUCUCCUCACCCUCGAUCUUUCAGAGAACCAAUUUGGAAACACUUUGAUCCCAUCAUGGAUCUUUGGUCUUCGUAAUCUUGUUUCUCUUGAUCUAUCUGAAAAUUACUUUCAAGGUCCAAUUCCUAUUGAUCUCCAAAACAUGACUUCUCUUAGGCACCUCGAUCUAUCUUUAAACAAUUUCAACUCUUCAAUUCCCAAUUGGUUGUAUAGUUUUAGUCAUCUUGAGUUUCUCAACCUUCGCUACAAUAAUUUGCAGGGCAUAAUCUCCAAUGCCAUAGGAAACCUAACAUCUGCCAUUAGUAUUGACUUGUCAGAAAUUGAACUUGGAGGAAAGUUGCCAAGAUCAUUGGGUAAUCUCUGUAACUUAAGGGAAAUCAAAUUGUCAUCCAACAAUGGGAGUCAAGAGAUAUUUGAAAUCUUAGAAAGUUUAUUAGUGUGUCUUUCAGAUAGACUAGAGAUCUUACGCUUAUUUAAUUCUCAACUUUAUGGUCAUUUGACAGAUGAACUUGGUCUAUUAAAAAAUCUAGCUGUUCUUGAUCUUGCGAAUAAUUCAAUCUCAGGUCCACUCCCGCUGUCUUUAGGUAGUCUUUCUUCUCUGGGAUACCUGGAUCUUUCAAAUAAUCUAUUCAACGGGACAGUUCCUCAAAAUUUUGGGCAACUUUCCAAACUACACACUUUACAUAUUGAAUCAAAUAUGUUGGAAUAG